UGAGUAGUAAACAGUUUGUAUGUGUGUGUAUGUUAUGUGCUCGCAGAAUUUAGAAACAAACUUGACAUAACUUCCGAUUUCGUAAAAUUCGUGCUUUCUUACUCAAACUUUACCUUAGCAUAAAUGCUACCGAUUAUUAAUUGUUAUUUACUGUGGUUUGCAAACACUUGAUAUUUUGAUUUUUAAUCUUCAGUAUGACAAUUUAUGCAGAACAUUAUCUAUUUGCCUCUUCCUAGAGCUCAAGGCGUGUAUCCCGUGUUAACACAGCCCUUGCCUGUCCAGUGCCAUGUCUUCCUCCUCAGCAUCUGUGAGUUGUGGGGGCGAUGGUGGGGAUGCGGCCCGUGCAUUGGAGCAGGUUGUCCUGGCCUCUGAUCGCUACGCUAGACUCAUCCUGGAACAGAUGAACAAGAUGCGGCUACGCCAUGACUUCUGUGAUGUGGGACUGAAUGUGGGGGGUCAGGUAUUUAGGGUACACAGACUUGUACUAGCUGCUAGUAGCCCAUAUUUCUCUGCACUUUUUUCUGGAGGGAUGAGAGAGUCAGAAAAAGAAGAAGUCCGGAUCCAUGGAGUUGAGAGAGAAGUCUUUGAAAUUUUAUUGGACUUUAUAUACACAGGAUUGAUAAACAUAACUGUAGAAAAUGUACAGGAGUUGAUGGUGGCAGCAGACAUGCUUCAGCUGACUGAAGUAGUUUCUAUCUGUGGAGAGUUUCUGAAGAGUCACAUGGACCCAUCCAACUGUGUGGGAAUUUUUCAGUUCUUGGAACAGAUUUCCUGUAUGGAGAUGCUUGAAUUCACAGAAAACUACGUUCAUGUUCACUUUUUGGAAGUGUGUACCACUGAAGAUUUCAAGGGGCUGUUAAAGGAUCAGUUAGUAAGGAUACUCAGAAGUGAGGAGUUGAGAAUAGAGGACGAGUAUCAGGUUUUCACAGCAGCGAUGGACUGGGUUCUUCGAGAUCUGUCAAAGAGGAAAAAAUACAUUGUGGAGGUGUUAGAACCAGUACGGUUCCCAUUACUCUCCCCAAAAAGACUUUUUAAAUAUAUUGAAGAUAUAGCUGACUUUAGUCUACGCGUGGCACUGCAAACUCUGUUAAAGGAAUACACUGAAGUACCAAAGUCUCCAAAAGAAAAUAAAAUGUAUAGCCCCCUACAAUCAGUCAAGAUGAGACCUAGGAGAAAAGCUCGGAAAUAUCUCUAUGCAAUAGGAGGAUACACCAGACUGCAAGGUGGCCGCUGGAGUGACAGCAGGGCCUUGAGCUGUGUGGAGCGAUUUGACACUUUUAACCAGUAUUGGACCACUGUGUCGUCCAUUCACCAGGCUCGCAGCGGGCUGGGGGUUGCUGUAUUGGAAGGAAUGAUUUAUGUGGUGGGAGGAGAGAAAGACUCAAUGAUAUUCGACUGCACUGAAAGAUAUGACCCAGUCACCAAACAAUGGGCUGCUGUGGCUUCUUUGAACUUUCCACGAUGUGGAGUUGGCAUUUGCCCAUGCCAUGGUGCUCUAUAUGCACUGGGAGGUUGGAUUGGUUCAGAAAUUGGAAAAACUAUGGAACGUUAUGACCCCGAGGAGAACAAGUGGGAGGUCAUUGGUAAUAUGGCAGUUCCAAGAUACUACUUUGGCUGUUGUGAGCUACAAGGGUUUAUAUAUGUGAUUGGGGGAAUCAGUGAUGAAGGCACAGAGCUACGUUCGGCUGAGGUGUAUGACCCCAUAGCUCGUCGAUGGACUGCCCUGCCAGUCAUGGCCACUCGGCGAGCCUAUGUAGGUGUAGCCUGCCUCAAUAACUGCAUUUACGCUGUGGGAGGAUGGAAUGAGGCACUUGGUGCCCUUGAGACUGUGGAAAAGUAUUGUCCUGAAGAAGAAAAAUGGACAGAGGUGGCACCAAUGUCAACAGCACGUGCAGGAGUAUCAGUAUCUGCAGUUAAUGGAUUUCUUUAUGCUGUUGGAGGCCGAGCAGCAAGCAGAGACUUCUCUGCACCAGUGACUGUAGACUCAGUGGAGAUUUACGACCCUCACCUGGACACCUGGACUGAAGUGGGCAACAUGAUCACAAGCCGCUGUGAUGGUGGCCUGGCUAUGUUAUGACAAUCAACCAAAAACUAGAGUGGUCUCAAAACUCCUUCAGACUGUAUAGAUGUGCACCUUAGACAGAGACAGAGUGUAAACCUACACCUUUGCUAUGUAUGUCUUUUCUAAACCUUUUACCAUUCACUGAACCUGUUUAUAAUGCACAUCUAAAAACUGUUUACAUUAUGUUUAUACUUGAAACCAUAAACCAGUUGUUUAUUGAGGAAACACUAGACAUGUAUGUGUCAUAUCAAUCUCAUUUUGUACAGGUUUCCACUAUAACUAGUUGUCUUUCUAUUUCUAUUUAUUUAUAUUAAUGUGAUGACUUUUACAUGAGAAUGUAGCCUGAUAGCACUUUGAA